CACCCUCACGAACACCACAAAGAAAAGUAUAAAGAAAAGAGGGAACCAAACAGCAACUGCAGGAAAGUGCAAAAGUUUUCUCAAGAAAACUGGCGAUAUACAGAAAGCGAGACCUUCACUGAAAAUAAUGGCGUUUUACGAAGACGAAGAACAGGUAUGGAAGUGUCCGAGGCAUCCUUCGAAGCGCCGCCGUACUGGUAUCUGUCCUGUUUGUCUCCGGGACAAACUCGCUUCUCUGUGCCCCGACUGCGCCCACGCGCGUCCUUGCGCAUGCAUCACAACCCCUUCUUCUUCCUCAUCAUCCUCCUUCUCUCGAUUCUCAAUCGCGGCGUCGGGAAACAUCUCAAGUGUCGGCGCUGUCGGGAGAGUGUCUAAUCUUAUUGAAAGCGAGCCCGCGUUUCGACGAUCCAGAUCCCUCGCGAUUCCGUUUCUCAGAUCGAAACAUGAGAAUUUGAGCGAAAGAAACGAUUUAGCGGGCAGCAAGAGCAAGACGCCGUCGUUUUGGUCGAUAUUUAGAGGUAGUAAUAAGAGCAGGCGAUACGAGAGUGAAGAUCAUCAAAGGCGGCACGGGGAGACAGAGAGGACGGAGGCGGACGAAGAACGGAGGAAGAUGAUGAGAAAGUCAAGGUCGGUGGCUGUGACGUCACAUUCGGGUAUAGGAGAUUUGAAAUCGUCGCCGUCUACGAAGGGGAAGGGGUGGUAUUUCCCGAGUCCAAUGAAGGUUUUCAGGCAGACCAGGGUUUCCAAAUUAGUUUUCCAAGAACGUUCUCCGUUGUACAGAGGUUGAU